AUGAAUGGAUUCCCAAACUGCUCUUCUAACUACACAAACAUUUGGAAUCAUUAUUUAGUGCUUGCCCUGGGCAUCCCUCAGCUGACCAUCAACGUGGCAUCCAUGAUCUUCAACUGCACAGUCAUCUUCACCCGACUGGCCACGAAGGACCUGCACAAACCCAUCUCCAUUCUCUUCUGCAACUUGGCUGUUUCUGACCUCUUCACCAGCUUCUCUGGCUUUUGGAUUGCCAUGCUGUUCAUCACCAAUCCUGACAUCACAAUCUUUGGAUCCAAGGAUAUGUUGGCCCCUUAUGCCUUGUACACCACAUCUAUUUUAUCCACCGUCUAUAACCUGGUAAGCAUCGGGGUCGAACGCUACCUGGCUGUGGCUGAGAGCAUGAGGACAAGAUUCAGGGUGGCCAGAAAACACUCCAUAGCUGUUGUUUUCAUUAACUGGGUCCUUGCUUUCUUUCUGGGCUGCUUGCCACUGAUGGGGUGGAAUUGCUUGCACGGGGAGAAGAGUGUCUCAGUCCUCUACAGCCCAUUUUGUGUUAACUACCUCGUCUUCAUCACCAUCCCCAACGUCGUGGUGGCCUUUAUCAUACCCCUGUUCACUUACCUCAGGAUCAUUAUCAUCCUGAGGAAGAGAAAGCUGAGGAUGAAGGCAUGUGGGCAAGCCACUGGCACCUACAAAUCAGCUGAAAUCCAGGUGGCCAGAACCAGCAUCUUCAUCUGGCUCCUGGCACUGAUCUCCUAUGCUCCUUUCUUCGCAGGAGUCAUAUUCGAUGCAACCAACCACCAGUGCCACAUUGACCUCUACCCAGGGGUCUACAUCUUCAGGAACUGCACAGCUAUGCUGAUAACCAUCAACUGCUUGGGGAACCCAAUCAUCUACACCCUCAAAGUCAAGAUUCUGGGGGCCAAGCUCAAGGCUCUGAAGUGCCUUUCCUCCAACGGCAUCCGAGCCUGCACCAUCGAGAACAUCUAG